CUCUAAAUAAAUGGUAGUGAGCUGAAUGGUUCAACAAGAACAAUGUUACUUUAUUUUUCGUAUUUAUUGGUUUUUCUGAAUAUAAAAUAUGACGUACAUUGUGUUCAAAGCAAGCCCCAGGGCUCCAUCCGACCAGAAUCUGAUCCGGUCGUGCCAUUUGCAGCGGAAGACUCGAGCUGUGGCUGCCAGAACCUUAAGAGAGACGGAGUCGUGGAUAUCGAGAGGGAAAGCGGCUUACUCAUUGAAAACCCUUCUGUCAUAUACUCUAAAACGUCAAAUGAGAAGCUUACGGACACUCCGACGAAUGGGAAAGAAUCAUAUACUCGCAGUGAGAUGGUCUUCGUCCCAGGAGGGGAGUUCCUAAUGGGUACGGAUGACCCUGGCAUCCCUCCAGAUGGGGAGAGUCCCCAGAGGAAGGUACAUCUGAACCACUUCUACAUGGAUGUUCACGAGGUCAGCAACCACCAGUUCCAGAGCUUCACCAACGCCACAGGCUAUGUCACUGAGGCAGAGAAGUUUGGAGACUCGUUUGUAUUCGAGGGGCUGUUGAGUGAGGAGGUCAAAAGUCAGAUCUCACAGGCAGUGGCUGCUGCCCCCUGGUGGUUGCCGGUCAGAGGAGCUGACUGGAGGCACCCUGAGGGCCCAGACUCCAGCAUCGCAGACAGGCUAGACCACCCUGUCUUGCAUGUGUCAUGGGGGGAUGCUGUGGCCUACUGUACCUGGGCCCACAAACGACUACCUACAGAGGCUGAAUGGGAGUUUGCCUGCAGAGGGGGCCUCCAGGACAGACUGUACCCAUGGGGGAACAAGCUAAACCCUAAAGGACAGCACUAUGCCAACCUCUGGCAGGGAGAGUUCCCGACACACAACACAGGAGAGGAUGGAUACAUCAAAACAUCACCGGUGAGGUCAUUUCCUCCUAAUGGCUAUGGCCUGUAUAACAUGGUGGGGAAUGCCUGGGAGUGGACGGCUGACUGGUGGACAGUCCACCAUACCACGGACAGACAGCCAAACCCAACCGGCCCGCCAUCAGGAACAGACAAAGUGAAGAAGGGAGGCUCCUACAUGUGCCAUAAGUCCUACUGUUACAGGUACAGGUGUGCCGCACGUAGUCAGAACACUCCUGACAGCUCGGCCUCUAACCUCGGCUUCCGCUGCGUUUCCCCGGAGCAGCCUUAGCCUUUGACCUAUGACCCUUGCUACAUGGCUGGUGGACCUUUUUAUUUAUUUUUUAAUGGUGGAAAGCUAUGCUGACCCAGCCUACCGGGCUACGCCAAUCAAGUGCCCCUCUUCACGCGGACAUUGUUAGUGUUAUUAAUGAACAAUGACAAUUUUUUGUUUUUGAUUUUCUUUGUUAUAAAAUAAUAGGAUAUUUUUUUAUAAGAAUAAAUACCAUUUCAACGAUGUGCAGGUUGUUCUGGUAAAAAUAAACAUUUAUUUGAUUG